AUGUUGGAACAAUCUGCAGCCCCAGGUCUCACACUCCAUGAUACCAACAUCAAGUUCCUGCUCUAUGCCGAUGAUCUGGUUCUGUUGUCCCCAACAGAAGAGGGUUUACAGCAGGGCCUGUCCGUCCUAGAGCAGUACUGUCAGAAAUGGGCACUGACAGUCAAUCUGAAAAAGACCAGUGUUAUGAAGAAACCUAACCUAGCGAACGUCCGACUGUCCCACUUUUGGGAAACAUUUGUUGCAAGUUAUAAAACAUUUGUCCUCCAUCUUAAUCCCACCUCACAUCCUCUUCUUCUUCCUCCUCUCUCAGAAUCAUCUUCUGGGGACCACGAGCUCCGUGUCUUCCCUUCCCACCGCUCCAGUCAUCUUCCUCCACCUCGCCACCCAGAGCGCGACGUGAACCCACAGAACGAUGUGGAAAACCUUCCAGAGUCCCAGCAUCCCGUCCACCAUCACCACCACCACCAUCACCUGCACCGUCAGCACGCCGCCAGGUUAGCCAGAGUGAUGCCAGCCGCCCUGUCGGAGUCUCGGUUUCGCCAGGAGCCCGGUGGUCAGCGGACCCUCGACCUGCUGGCUCGACCGCAUCACGAGGUGCGGCCGGAGCACGCUGUGGUCUCUGCACGCCAUCUAGUUACCGUGUACCUGGCUGUGGAUGUGCGGAGGCUGAACGUCAGUCUUCUUCGGUGGUUUCGGGAAGGCGUAGCGGCGGCACUUGGCGUUCCAGCAGCACACGUGCACAUCAACCGGCUGAAUGAGAAGAGGAAUGGCAUCGAGCUCUUCGUGUCCUCUGAUAGGCCGGGGAUCUCGGAGCCCCGCACCGCUGAAGAUGUCAUCCAAUCAUUGAACGUCGGGGUCCUUCACCGCCACCUGGGACACUUCGGCAUCACAGAAGUCUCCACUGAGAAGAACGUCCUGCAGGGCGAGCAGAGGGAUCACGUGUGGAGCAGGGAAGGGUUUUACGCCGUCGUCCUCUUCUUCACCAUCUUAGUCAUCGUCAUCACCUGCUUGAUGGUUUUGUACCGACUGAAGGAGAAGGUUCAGGUUUCAGACAGACAGCUAAAGGCCCCGCCCCCUGGCCGCCACCUGACCCCGACCGUCCAAUCACACUCCGCCCAAUGGUCAAAGGGCGCCAAGUUUGUGAGGUCAGGAAGCAUGGUCCAAGCUGAGCUCCCUCCAACUGUAGCCACGCCCAUUCGCCAGCAACAGCCAAUCGUAGCCGGCCGUUGCCUCGCUCCUCCUGUCGUCCCUCUGCCCAGCUCCGCCCCUGCCCCUGUCGUCAGCAGCAACGACCACGCCCUCUUGGCCAGCGUUGCCCCGGUGACAGCCAAUAACGAGCUAAAGCCCUGCCCCUCCCCCUUCAGGAUGAAACCUGCUGCAGGAUUGCAGGAAAGACGUGGCUCUAACGUCUCUCUGGUGUUGGACAUGUCGGCUCUCGGCUCUGUGGAGCCCCUCAGCGUUGCCGUGGUAACCCCCAGAGAGGCGGCGGCCAGGGAGUACCUGUUGGCGGCCGGCCGGCCUCUGACGCGGCCGCAGCUCCGCGACAUCGUCGUCAACACCCACAAGCUGCACGCCGAGUUCGCCGAAAUUCCCAUGAAUUUCAUUGAUCCCAAAGAGCUCGAUGUUCCAAACCACGGCACCAAGAACAGAUACAAGACCAUACUGCCCAACCCUCAUUCCAGAGUGAUCCUGAAGUCAAAAAGCUGCAACGACCUGCUGAGCUCCUACAUCAAUGCUAACUACAUACGGGGUUACCUAGGCAACGAAAAGGCGUUCAUCGCCACCCAGGGUCCGAUGGUGAACACGGUGAACGACUUCUGGCAGAUGGCCUGGCAGGAGGAGGCGCCCGUCAUCGUCAUGAUCACCAAACUGAAGGAGAAGAAUGAGAAGUGUGUCCUGUAUUGGCCGGAGAAGAGGGGAAUCUACGGGAGGGUUGAGGUGUUGGUCAACAGCAUCAGAGAGUGUGAACACUACACCGCUCGCAGCCUCACACUCAAGUGUGGGAAUCAAACCCGCGUGCUGCAGCAUUACUGGUACACAUCAUGGCCCGACCACAAAACCCCCGACUCCACGAUGCCGCUGCUGCAGCUGAUGGAAGACGUGGAGACGGACAGACGGACGGCGGCCGCCAUGGGGCCGGUCAUUGUCCACUGCAGCGCCGGGAUUGGCCGGACAGGCUGCUUCAUCGCCACGACGAUAGGCUGCAGACAGCUGCAGCUGGAGGGAGUGGUGGAUGUUCUGAGCAUCACCUGCCGGCUCCGAGCCGACAGAGGAGGUAUGAUCCAGACAGGUGAGCAGUACGAGUUCGUCCAUCACGCCUUAAGCCUGUACGAGGCCCGCCUAUCUGCAGAAACCGGCCAAUGAGUGUGCACCACCCCACAGGAGGCGUGGACUUAAAAACCAGGAAGUGUGCUAACAUGAAGCGGGUUCCUUGUAGCAGGUAUGAUCUCCGACGUUGGGGAAUUCUGGAGGAGGUCUUUGAGUUUGAUGGACAACCAAUAAGGACUGCUUUGGGCGGAGCCUGCCGAAGGAAAGAGGAAAGGUAAACUUCUGAAAAUGGAAAGCAUCCGCACUUCUUCUUCUUCUCUGCUGUUUCUUCGUGUGUUUUUGGCGAGAGGUUCUUCAGAAGAGCUCAAAAGACUCGCUUAACUUCUCUCAACUGACUGUCGGAUCGUGUUUUUAACUACAGUAAUUAGACUGUUCUAUUACCUCUUUACUGUCAUGGAGACUUAGAAAUAGUUUGACUGAAAGUGAGUACAUUGAUGAAUCACACUGUUGUGUUUCUGAUUUUUAAAUGAUUUUGUAUUGUGGUGUUGGCUGUUGGAGAAUGACUGUUAGCUGGUUGCAGCUUUUGGUUAAAGCCCUAAACCUUCCAGCUUCGCUGCUCUUGUGACAUCCGCACUCUGUACGUUACUCCGUGGUUCGGUCACUUACACUAACCCUUUUUCAUGUUUGCCUUUAAAG